AUGCAAAACCAACAAGUAGAAGAUAGACUUUUAAGUAAUGCUGAAUUAAUGUCAUUACUAAAUCACAAAGUUAAAAAAAAUAUUGACUUAACAAGUUUUGAGUAUUUUAUAUAUCGAGAACAUGAAACACAAACAGCACGACCAUUAUAUCAUAAACGUAGAUUAUUAAGACUUGCUGAAUAUCUUAAACAAUUUGACUUUACUCCCCAAGAAAAAAUAGUUAUUGCAAACUAUCCACCAACAAGUCUUGUUGAAUUUUAUUCAGUUGUACCAAAUCCAUCACAAUUUAGUGAUGAAGAAGCAAAUAAAUUUAUGAAAGAUAUAGAAGAAAUAAUGCAAAUGGAAUUAUCACCAGACCAACCAAAAAAAAUAUUUAAUCAAAAAGAAGAAGAUGAAUAA